GCAGCUGGGGAAGCGCAUGGUCUCCGCUGCUAUCAGCGCGUCCACACGGGCACCGCUCCGCCAGCAACGCGGGGAGCGCAGCAAACGCAGCGCGGCUCGCUGCCCCCAGCCCCGCGGGCCCGGUCCCGCGGCACAGGGCACCGCCCCUGGCACCCGCCUCCCCUCGUCCGGCUGCCUCGGCACCUCCCCCUCCGCCCGCCCUGGCACCAACUUUGCAGGAAGCGGCGGGGCCGAGCCCCAGCAGCGCGGCCGGGCGCGGGACGCAGGAGCCAUCCUUUUUCCAUUUCCCCAUCCCGGCUGCAUCCCAGUGCUGCCGGUGCCUGCCCGCCUGGCAAGUCAGAGCAUGUCUGGUCCCCCUGGACAAGAUGCAGAAGAUGGCAGAGCUGCUGGGGCUCAGGGAUGAGCGUGGGGAGGGGGCUUCAGAGGCUCCUGCGCUCACAGGCUCCUGGUUGGCAGACAACAGACUCACUCUGGAUGUUUGUCCCGACGGCUGCUGUCGGCUGCGCUGGCUGUUUGAGAGGCAACAGGCAGAGGUGGUGCAGGUGGAGCUCCUCCGGCUCAGCAGUAACAAUCGCUUGCUUGACACCGUGCUGGGCAUCCUUCCACGUUUGAAGCGCCUGAAGUCCCUGGUGCUCAAAGGUGGCCAUGUCAGAGAUGAAUUUGGUUCGUGUCAGCACGGCUCCCUGACAACCUUGCCGCCAGAUUUUGGGACCCUUAGAUAUCUCACUCACUUGGAUCUCAGCUUCAAUAGCCUCUCCACCUUGCCCAGCUGCAUCCCUUGCCUCACCAGCCUCCGUGCACUCUUGGUGAGCCACAACAACUUGGUGGCACUUCCUGAGAACUUUGGCUCUCUGAGCAAGCUGACUUUCUUCUCUGCUAUGAAAAAUCAGCUGAAGGACUUACCUUUGAGCAUUGGGGAGCUGGCAGCACUGGAGGACCUGGAUCUCUCAGAAAAUGUGUUGGAACUUCUCCCUGAAGAGGUUGGAAAUCUGCAGAGCUGCAUGGAACUGGAUCUCUCUGGAAAUCGGCUACCAAGCAUCCCAGAAUCCUUAGCCAAUUUGAAGUCUCUGCGGCGGCUCCAUCUUCACAGCAAUCUUCUGGUGACAGUCCCUGCAUCGCUCGCCAGACUGCCCAACUUGUCCAGGCUUGAUCUGCAGAAUAACUGCCUCCGUGCUGUCCCCCCUGAGAUCCAGACUGCACCGUUCGUGCACCUCCGAGGCAACCCCUUAGGAGAAACUGAGCCGUCCCUGCAGGCUGAUGAAUCCAGUACCACAGAGCUACGGAGACUGUUCCUUGCAUCAGAAGAGGAUAGUUUUACAGUGACCUCUGAAGGUUGCAAAGUGGUCCUGGCCUCUGGCAUCCGUUUCUGCUUUCCACCGGGGGCUGCCUCUGACCCUCUGCAGAUCUACUUCCGAACCCUGGCACCAGACCCUCGAUGGGUGAAGCUGAGACACCAUGAUGUCCUGCUGAGUAGAGUCCUGGAGCUGCAGCCUCAUGGGGUCAAAUUCCAGCAGGAGGUAGAGAUCUGGAUGCCAUAUGCCUCCCCAGAAACUCUUCACCAGCGUGAGGUGGUAGUUCGGACCUUUAGUGGGCAGAGCUGGAGUGACCUGAGAACACAAGUGGAGAAGAAGAGAAAGUCAAAGAAGCACGUGGCUCAUUGUAGUGUCCUUCACUUCUCCUGGUUCCUUGUUGUGUCUCGACUUGUGCAAAAUGAAUGCAAAGUGCCAACAGAGGGGACUUUGCUCUUUUCCAGUGUGGAUCCAAACAUCAAAGUGACCUUCCCUCCUGGAGUCACUGAAGAGACUCGCAAUGUCAAACUGCAGGUGCUGCCAGUCUCUGCAGAAGAGAUAGCAGAACUCACAGCUGAUGCAGGAUGCAAAGCCAGUCCUUUGCUCUGCCUCUCCCAGGAUUCCCUGGCAGAUUUCCUCAGGCCCGUGAAAAUUCAGCUCCCGCUCCCAUUUGGGGUCACAGGGUUAAACUUGGAUCGGUCAAGGCUACAUCUUCUUUGUGGGGAUGUGGAGGGCCAAACUUGGGAUGACAUCACCAGUCAAGUGGUGCUGGAAUUCACCCAUCUUUAUGCAGUAUUUGAAGUCACCCACUUCUCCUGGUACUGGCUGUGGUACACCACCAAGACCUACAUUGGAGGCAUUGCUAAGAAAGUUUAUGAGCGGUUACGUAUGUACCAGGUGAACUUCAUUGCUCUGCAGAGGAAGAAGGACCCUGAACAAGUCCUCCUACAGUGUCUCCCCAAGCACAAGGUUGACCCAGUGCUGAGGAAGCUGCAGGACCGCUACCAAGGACCUGAGCCAUCUGACAUGGUGGAAAUGUUUGAAGGAGAGCAAUUCUUUGCAGCUUUUGAGAGAGGCAUCAGCAUCGAUAUGGAUCGCCCUGACUGUGUGGAUGGACGUCUCUCAUUUACUUUUUACUCCCACUUGAAGAACAUGAAGGAAAUCUAUGUGACUUCCCCUGUAGACAGGAAAGGCCAAGCUGUAAAAGGCCAGGUCUCUUUCUACCGAGGGGCAGUUCCUGAGAGCAUCCCUGAAGAUGCCACCAGGAGGAGGAGGGGACCAGACUCCCUCUGGCUCGCUACUCUGCCCAUCAAACUGCCCAGAUUGAAACCCCGUUGGGGCGAGACCUCCAGUUCAUUGAAUGGCUUCUCCUUCCCUCCCUUGAACCUGGGCAAUGCUGAGACUGGCUACCUUACACAGGCAAACCUGCUGAGCAUCGCCAGGCGUGUGGGAGCUGACUGGCAGACCAUUGGCCUGAACCUGGGCCUGACCUAUCAACAGAUUGAGCGCAUAGGAUACAAUCACAGAGAAGACCUUGAUAAGCAAAUCCUGGACAUGCUUUUCUCAUGGGCCCAGCAAAACUCAGAGGAUCCUGACUGUGUGAGCAAGCUGAUCGCAGCCAUGAAAGAGAGCGGCCGCCAGGACAUUGCUGAUGAGAUCGAAACCAUCAUUGAGCUGGGACGGCAGAAAUACAGGGAGUCCAUCCGCCGUGUGGGCUUGGAGCAGGAGAGCAGCACUGAAGACUCUGCGAUAGCCAUGACGUAGUGCCUAGCAGAAGGGAACAGGUUUUGUAUAGGGAAUCUCUGUGUGACAGUUUCUUAGGGCUGUUCCCCCUGGGGCCAGUGUCUUCCUGAGGAGCUGAAUGCUGAUCAACUUGUGAGCAGACUACCACGCUCUGUUAGGUCUAUACUAACACGCCACUUCUGCUAGUGGCAGUUUAUGGUGGCCAGGCAGUUGAUAGUGUGUUUAUGAACUUCUUCUGUACUUCUUGACCUUGAGUGUCGGAUUUCAGAAACUUGGAGGAAUUCAGAGCCAAAGUGUCUGUCAGCUGAGUAGUGGCUAAAGUAGCCUUCGAUGAAUUAAUACUGAUCUUACAUAUAGCUAUUUAUGUGAAACUGUCUUCUUCUGGAGGAACAGGGUGUGAGCAUUUGCCUCUAGGUCUGUUUUUGGUCCUGUGCUUGGUAAGAAAGUAGAGGUGUGAUCGUGGUGUGAAGUCCUGUAGUGUGGUGGAGACUGUCCAGCUACUUCUAUUGAUUACGUGUAUUGCUCAUGGUGAAACAUGAACUGUGUUCACCAUGAAAAUGUGUUUUCUGCCAAAUCUCUUCUGGUUCCCUCAAAACAAAAUCUAAGGAUUUUUGCUCCAGCACCUGCCAGGCUUGUUAGAUGAGACUUGCACACUGGUGGUCUUUGACAGAGUUCCAGUUUUAUUUUACAAAUACGUGGAAAUCCUUAACCCUGAAGAGGCCUUAACUUGCCUGAAAGUAAAUUUCCCCUUGCAGUUUCCAAGGGAUAUUCCUCACAUCCUCUUUGUGAAAUGUGCCUGUGUACUUGUAAAGAAGUUUGCAGAGCUUUGUGAAAAGCAUGAUGUUAAUUUGCAUUUUAGAAACUGGUCUGGCCAGCUGUUGCAUAGGCACUGUCGUGGGAUUGGCAUCAAUUGUGCUGAGCUAACCUCCCAGUUUUGUGAUCCGAAUACCUUGUAAAUGGCCAUAAGCAUUUAUUGCUUUUUAACUGUGCAGUGACUGACUACUGAGGUGCCCUUCUCUUCCUGUUACACACCUCAUAGUAUGCCUCAGCUAAUGGCCCACUAAUAACAGUGGGAAGUUGCACACAAGCUGUUUGGAUGUCUACUGUAAUCUACAUCUGUUCAGCUCUUUCCCAAUGGGUUUGGACUCCCACCCUCUAAGCAGUAUUUAAGGGAUAUUCUCAGUCUGAAAGCCUGUGUAAAAAUGUCAGCUUGUAACAUCCAAAGUUGACCCGCAGCUUCAGGUCUGAGAAGUCCUUGUGCUUUCUUCCCCUUUUCCCCCAGUGAAUAAUCAUCAGUGACCGGAUGCUGUAUUUCAGACAUGCAAAUAGUACUAUUGAAAGAAGGGCAUAAAAUUACUCCUUUUUCUUAAGAUGUCCUAGCAUCUCAGGCCAUGGAGCGCACGGAGUGAAUGCUACAGCACUGGACAAGGACUUGUAAAGUUGAGCUGUAGCGUUGGGCCUAGGGAAUCACUCAGAGCUGAUUUCUUAGGCCAUGCUGCCCCUCAGGUCUCGUGCUGGUUUUAUGUCAACAGUUCGCUUUUGAAUGCAUAUAAUCUCUGGUAGUGUGUGUCAUAUGUUCUUGCUUGGAAUUUUCACGUGUACCAACAAGGUAUUCAUUUUUAACUCCAGUUCUGGAGUGAUGCAUUUGGGCAUAUUGCUCUCCUUGGAAAUAAAACAAGCACUUAAUUGUUUCA